AUGGAAGUGGGCUUCUUGCGGGACCGCAUUCAGGCCACGCUCGAUCCGAAUGCUGCCAUCCGCCAGCAGUCGGAGCUCGACCUGAAGCAUGCCGAAGAGAAGCCCGGAUUUACAGAUGCUCUUCUAAAUAUCCUUGAAGCCGAGCAAGAUAAUGGCGUCAGAUUAUCCACUGUCGUCUACCUAAAGAACCGGGUUUCCAAAGGCUGGUCUCCCGCAGAAGAAUUCAGCACCGCCAAACCCAUCCCAGAGGAAGAGAAGCAGUCUUUUCGCAAUCGCCUCGUCCCCAUCCUCGUGGCAGCCCAGCCACAGGUCCGUGUCCAACUCAUCCCUACCCUCCAGAAGAUCCUCGCGUACGAUUUCCCCGCACGAUGGCCGAACUUCCUCGAUCUUACGAUACAACUCCUCAAUGCACAGGAUGUCCAGUCGGUAUUUGCGGGCGUCCAAUGCCUGUUGGCUAUCUGCAAGAUAUACAGAUUCAAGUCAGGCGAGAACCGAGCAGACUUUGAUAAGAUCGUCGCGCUAUCAUUCCCUCAAUUGUUGAACAUCGGCAAUUCGCUUGCGAAUGAAACCAGUCUAGAGGCAGGCGAGAUCUUGCGUACUGUCUUGAAGGUUUACAAGCAUGCUAUCUACUUUGAUCUUCCGGCUUCUCUCCGUGAACAGGGAACCUUGAUUGGGUGGUGUACGCUUUUCCUAAAUGUUGUGGGCAAGGAACCUCCGGAGACAGCUCUUCCCGAGGACGUCGACGAACGUGAGACGAACCACUGGUGGAAGGCGAAGAAGUGGGCAUACGCAAAUCUUAACAGACUGUUUGUCAGAUAUGGCAACCCAAGUGCCCUAGGCAAAGGCAACGACGCCGACUAUUCCGAAGUCGCGAAGUACUUCAUUGCCAACUUCGCGCCCGAGAUCCUCAAGAUUUACCUUGCGCAAGUUGAGAAGUGGGUGUCGAAAACCGUCUGGCUCUCGAAGGCUAGUCUUUACUAUACGCUUAAUUUCUUGGAUGAAUGCAUCAAGCCGAAAUCGAUGUGGAACCUUCUCAAACCGCAUACCGACAACCUUAUUUCUCAUCUCAUUUUCCCAGUUCUCUGCCAGUCGGACGACGACAUCGAGCUCUUUGAAUCGGAACCACAAGAGUACUUGCACAGGAAGCUCAACUUUUAUGAAGAAGUCACAUCACCCGAUGUUGCUGCGACCAACUUCCUUGUCACCCUGACGAAGAGCCGCCGAAAACAGACUUUCAGUGUGCUCAACUUCGUCAAUGGCAUAGUGAACGCGUACGAGGCUGCACCUGACAACCAAAAGAACCCACGGGAAAAAGAGGGCGCGCUCCGCAUGAUUGGAACUCUAUCCGGCGUAAUCCUUGGAAAGAAGAGCCCGAUUGCCGACCAAGUGGAAUACUUCUUCGUUCGACAUGUCUUCCCUGAAUUCCGCAGCCCCCACGGUUUCCUCCGAGCCCGUGCAUGCGACACACUGGAGAAAUUCGAGCAACUUGACUUCAAGGAUCCCAAUAACCUAAUCAUCAUUUACCGGAAUAUCCUGGAGUCUAUGGCAGAUGAGGCUUUGCCGGUCCGAGUCGCAGCAGCACUGGCCCUCCAGCCUUUGAUCCGCCACGACAUUAUUCGCACCAACAUGAAGACCAACAUUCCUCAAGUCAUGCAACAACUCUUGAAACUUGCCAACGAGGUGGAUGUAGACGCACUGGCCAAUGUCAUGGAGGACUUCGUAGAGGUCUUUGCUCCGGAACUCACACCAUUCGCAGUCGCGCUAAGCGAGCAGUUGCGUGAUACUUAUCUCCGGAUAGUUGGCGAGUUGUUGUCUCGAAAUCAAGGCAAGGACGACGAGAACGAAUUUGGAGAUUUCUUGGAUGAGAAGAGCAUCACUGCGCUGGGCGUGUUGCAGACCAUUGGUACACUAAUUCUCACUCUAGAAAGUACUCCAGAUGUCCUUCUUCAUCUCGAGACUAUCUUGAUGCCUGUCAUCACCAUUACUUUGGAAAACAAACUUUACGAUUUGUACAAUGAGGUCUUUGAGAUCAUUGACAGCUGCACAUUUGCUGCCAAGAGCAUUUCUCCAACAAUGUGGCAAGCCUUUGAAUUGAUUCACAGGACAUUCAAGGCCGGUGCCGAGCUAUACUUGGAAGAUAUGCUUCCUGCCCUCGAGAACUUCGUGAACUACGGCACUCAAAUGCUUACCGAGAACCGUAACUAUCUUGAUGCAAUGGUCGACAUGGUCCGAACAAUUUUCAAGGAUGACAAAGUUGGAGGCGUUGACCGCAUCUGUGGUUGCAAGCUGGCCGAGAUCAUCAUGCUGAAUAUGCGAGGCCACGUGGAUCAAUACGUUCCGGAGUUCAUUGCCUUGACCAUGACUGUUCUUACGAACGAGGAGACCAAGGUCAAGUCCUUGCGAAUUCACUUGAUGGAAGUCGUUGUCAAUGCCAUCUACUACAACCCAGAAUUGGCACUACACGUCCUGGAGAGCAACAACUGGACGAACAAGUUUUUCAGCCUAUGGUUCUCGAGCAUUGACAGCUUCACACGUGUUCACGACAAGAAGUUGUGCAUUUCGGCUAUCUGCUCGCUGUUGACCCUUCAAGGUCAGAAUGUACCAGUUAGCGUUCAGCAAGGCUGGCCACGUCUGCUCCAAGGCAUUGUCCGACUAUUCCAAACACUUCCUGCGGCCCUGAAGAACCGUGAAGAAGCUAAGAAGGAAGAGAACUUCGAGUUCGGCAACGACUUCGAUGAUGAUGAGGAUGAAGAGUGGGAACAGGACAACGAUUGGAACAACGAGGCCGACGAGACUGAAGAUGAUGUCAAAGACGAGAGUGCAGCCUAUCUCGAGUUCUUGAACGAAGAGGCACAAAAGUUUACCUCUGUGGUAGACGACGACGAUGACGAACUUGAGGAGGAGAGCCUCUUGGAGACGCCACUUGACAAGGUCGAGCCUUACAGCAUGUUCAAACAUGCUCUCCUGAGGCUUCAGCAGGAGCAGCCAGCUCUCUAUGAGAACCUGACCAAGAACCUGAAUCCCGAGGAGCAACAGAUUGUUCAGGCUGCCGUUCACCAGGCCGAUGUAAUUGCUCAAGCAAUCGCUGAGGGCCAAGCGGCAGCUCUUAAUGGAGCACCAGUUCCUGGUCAGCAAUGA